CACAUUCUGCAAUUUGUCACAUCCUGUGUAGUGGUAACAUUGGCUCAGGAAGAUGAAGACAAAUAGGAACUAUUGACAAGGCUGCCUGAAAACCAAGAACUGACACCGUGCUGGAGUUUCUGAGUGUUCAGCUGGAACCAAGGGCCCACUCCUCGGAGACAGUGUUGGCAGCAUCAUCAUGAUAUCAAAACCCAUGGCAGGGGAGACCAUUGCUGUGCUCACAACAAGGGGCAUCAACCUACACCAGUCAGAGAAACCCCUGAACCAUGGACAAGACACCCUGAAGAAAUAUCUAAAAGCAGAAAUCAAAGUUACUGGGACUCUCCAGAUCCUGGGCGGUGUGAUGGUGUUGAGCUUGGGCAUCAUUUUAGCCUCAGCACCCUUCACUCAACAUUUUUCCUCAGCGUUUUCUAUCCUGCUGAAAUCUGGCUACCCAUUCAUAGGAGCCUUAUUUUUCAUCCUCUCUGGUGUUCUAUCCAUUCUCACUGAGCGAAGGUCGACAAAGCACUGGGUGCACAGCAGCCUCGCCACGAGCAUUUUGAGUGUUCUGUUUGCUCUGAUGGGCUCCGUCCUCCUCUGUGUCAACCUGUUGGCUUUGAGUCCUGCCUCCCAGCAGUGUGAGCUGAGCGUGCUGGCUUCACCAACCACAUAUCAUGAUAAUUUGUUUCAUCAUAUGCCAAAUGAUCACAAGGAGGAUUGUAUUAUAGCCAAAACCACUUUGACUGGAGCCUUGUCAAUGAUGCUCAUCUACACUGUGCUGGAGUUGUGCCUCGCGGUGCCUGUUGCUGUGCUGUGGUGGAAACAGGCUCAUUCCGACUUUGCUGGGGGUGUGCUUUUCUUGCCAGGGCUUUAUAAGAAUAAACCAAGCAUGUCCUCAAAAGUGAUUGGUGAUUGUGACUAUGAAGAACUAUUGACUUCUUAAGAAAAUAAAUAAGAAGAGUAUUCAUCAGAAAGUUGGUUUUCAUGAAGUACAUAAAAUCUAACCAUUUCAGGAGAGAAAAAUUUGAGUUCUCUGAAAUAUUGGCUUCUUAUAGAACAAAUAUCAAAAUAUUGUUGAGUA